AUGCUAGAGCGAGCGACAGCAUGUCUCAAAGCUGGAGCUCGAGAUGCCCCGAACCGCGCGCAGCAGGCGUCUCGCAGCAAGCGCAGGCUGCAUUCGACCUUCUGGACGCAUGGGGCUGGCAACCUCGAACUCGCCCCAUGGGUACUCUCUAUGCCUGCCGGCCAGCCGCCGAAACCCGAUAGCAUCAGUCCCAAGCGGUCUGCACCCAUGCGUGAUGGCCUGGACACCGAAACCACGUCCAACGAUUAUUUUCUCGAUUUCCUGUGCCCUCCCCAUGCUCUGACUUGGCUACAACAUCCACAGAGUCAGCGAUGGGCGCACUGGGAAGUCAGAAACGCUAGGAGGUUCCCCAAAGGCUACAUUCCAGCCUCGAGGCGGUAUGCCUCGAGCUCGUACGCGCAGACAACUCCCCCAGAGGCACAGUCACAGCAGGAGCAGGAGGUAGCACACGCACCCAUGACGGAAGAGAACGCGUCUGGUGUUGCCGCAGGGACGUCUACUAAAACGUCGUUGGGCUUGGAGACGGAUCAGAUACACGGCAUACUGGGUGAGACGGGUCGCAGGAGUAGAUCUGAAGCACAUCAGGACUCGCUCAAGAUGCAAUCGACCUCCUCAGGGCAUUCUGCGGCAAAAACUGAUCACUUGUUCGGGGAUUCGGCGGCAGAUCUGGCAGAAAUUCAGAGCCAAAAUGAGGGCCUUGACCUUGACGGUCUCCAUGGUCUGCGCCGUCUCUUGCGAAGCAGCCGACAUCGAGACAACGUCGAGCUAGCGUGGAAUCUUUACAUGGCUCUCUCGGAAGGAGAGAAAGAGGACAUUCGCCUUAAAAAAGAGAUGCUUGCGUGGCUGGUGGCAAAGGACACCCCAACUGCUGAUGCCCAUUGCAUUUCGAUCUACUGGUCUCUUCCCUUGUCAUCGCGGGAUCUCGCAGUGUAUCAAGCAGCAUCGACCGUGUAUUUGAGGCGCAAAGAUGUUGAUGCUGCAACUGGUCUGCAUGUCGAGGCGCUCUCCAACAUUGCCAACGGCAGUCAAAUCACGAAGUUCCUGUUCAAUCAUGCAAUGCAGCGCCGAGAGUGGGAUCUGGCUGUCACAGUGAAAGAUCAAUUCGACAAGGCGUUCGUUGAGCCCGCAGCAUCUCGCCAGCAGGCCAUCUUCUGGUUUGAAGUCGCCGAGCAGUCAGAGCUUCUCGCUGCCGCCGCUGAUGUCACGUCUUUGUGUUUCAAAAGGCAGUCUGGUGGAAAGCGAUGGAAGCUUAGGCAUAAUCUCGUCCAACUCGCCUCACGGAUGGCAGAAGAGGCACUCAACCAGCUUCUCGCGCAGCAGCUACCAGCCUCCGCGGUGCGCGGCAAGCGCCCAAUCGACCAAGUUCGCAGAGUACUGCAAGGCAUUUGGAAAUGGAAUCCGAACGCAGAAACCAUAUUCGAGGACGCAAUCUUGUCGAUCCUGAGACGACACAAGUCAAAGGCCGAGUAUGCGCGUGCACAUCCGGUCGUGGAGUAUCUCUACCAGCUAUAUCGAACAAUGGAGAAUGUCCGGCCGUCACAAGAUAUGCUCACGCUGCUUCUGAAAAGAUUGACCUUGACCAAGGGAACGCCCGACCAGGCGAACCGGCGUGCUAAGAGGGGCAACGUUCUGAGAGUGACCAUGAUUGUUCGUGACUGGAACGUUCAUCACGGCGAGCUAAGCAAACCGACACUGUAUCUCCUUCUUGGCCACUAUGCAACAUUAGGUGAUGCAGAGCAAGUCAAGACACACUUUGAGAUGUUGAAAACGCAGUUUCCGGACUAUGAUGACCAGAAACCUGCAUUCUGGUACCCCAUCUAUGUACACGCUCGCCUCGCCAAUUCACGAAACGCGUUACUGGCCUUCGAAGAGGUGCAAAAGAUAGCAGCUGCACACGGCGAUCAGCUCGAAACAAAGUGCUGGUCUACCCUGCUUCACGCCCAUUCGCGUGCAAACGACGUAGAGGGGGCAUCCGCCACAUUUAGGAAGAUGCUUGACUCGGGAGUACGGCCCACGCACUACCACUUCCAUCCAUUGACUGAGCUACUAGCCUCCGUAGGCGACGUAAAAGGCGUUGAUGAUCUGCUGGAGCAAUAUGACACGCUGUGUGAUAAACCACGCAGCGCGAGUCUCGCAGGAAGCCAGAUGCACGCUCACUUCAAUGCUGGAGAUGUAGCAACCGCAGAAGAGGUCCUCAAGCGGGCCGUGUCUGACGUGCGCGAGCACAAGAUGCUCGGUAGUCUUACCGGUUGCUUCAAUAUUCUAAUCAAUUCCUACGCCCUCAAACGAGAUGUUGACGCCACCAUGAGAGUAUAUCAAUGGAUGACCUCGGAGAAGAUUCGAAUGGACGAGUUCACGUACAGUGCCUUGAUGCAAGCACUCAUCCAUUUCCGACAGGCGGACUCUGCGUGGAUGAUCAUGUCAAAGGUCAUGCCACAAGAGGGCUUUGAGCCCAUAGCGCUGCAUUACGCCAUAGUGAUGGUAGGCUAUCGGAAGGAGGGCCUGUACAGCCGGGCACUUGACGUUCACGCAAUCAUGAAAAAGCGCAGGGUCAGAGAGACACUCGCCAGUCGGAGGGCUUAUCUACAUAUCAAAGCACUCCACGAACAACAGACCAAACGGCCAAGCACAGCCAACGGACAGCCAGUACCGCUAGCAGAAGUCAUCUCCGAGCUCAGGGUCGCUCUGGAAAUCAACAAAGGCUUCGAGACCGCGGCCAAGCAACCCGCAUUCGGUCACGAAAAAAAUGAACAUAUCUCAGCUUACUUUGACUCCAUCAUGUAUGUACAUGGGAGCCGACGAUGUCUCGAGGCAGUGGAAGCAAUGUUCGAAAUGUUACAAAAGAGCGCCGACCCAGCAUCGUUCACUUCAGGAACUUCGAUUAUGCGACUUCUGGCCGUUAUGAUGCAGGCUUUGUGUUACUCCAAGCGAUAUGACGAGGUUGAAGCAUUUUGGAAGGUGGCCAAGCAACAGGCCGAUAAGAUCGCAGCUGCGCCCCGACUGCCAGACUUUGCAGCAACGCAGGCCAUCACAGUAACGCAGGCCAUCACAGCAACGCAGGCCAGCACAGCAACGCAGGACAGCACAGCAAUGCAGGACAGCACAGCAACGCAGGACAGCACAGCAACGCAGGACAGCACAGCAACGCAGGAUAUGGGAGAAGGUACCACUGAGUCCCGAUCAACAGAUCAAGCCGCGAUUGGGAUUGACUCGCUCGGCCACGCAAUGUCACCGGAGAAUUCCACUUCAACGGCUCAGAGUACGGCUGCGCCGGUUGUUAGACCAGCUCCGGGUCGUACGCACAUCCUCCUUGGGCCAUUGCGACAUUACAUGGCAGCACUGGCUAAGCAAAAGCGCAUUGGCGAGCUCGUGACAACCUGCACCAGCCUUCUGCAACAAGGCUACAUCUUCGACAUCAUCGUGUGGAACCGUUUCAUCCAACACAUGUGCGAGUCCACACCACCACUGGUGCUGCUGGCAUUUACCUUGACAGAACGUUACAUGAUCAGCCAGUUCCCGGGCUGGCAGAGAGGGACAGUCUGGAAACAGCCGCGAUCAUCAAGAUACGAGAACUUACAGUACAUCAAGGCCAGAUAUCUUGCCCCGGGCCAGGUAAUGCCCCAGUACCGCACGCUGCUUUAUCUUGCUCAGGCCCUUUUGGAGCUGAGGCGCGCGGAAACGACCGGAGGUCUCCGCGUUGGACAGGAGCAGGGUGGAGUGCAGCGUCUGGUGGGGACGGUAGCACAAAUUCGGAAACGUGCACCCAAUACGCUCGCUGUGGUCGAAAUCAUGCCACACAUCGAUGAAAAGUGGCAGAACCGCGUGUUGCGAGGACAGCAGUAA